GUUUGAUGGCUUUCUGGGGGAGAUGGCGACGGUAACUCAUCGAUCGAGAUGGGGGAGAGAGAGGGGGGGCUAAGCUGGGUUUGCAGGCAGGGUAACGUGAAGCAGGAGGAACCAGAGAUUCGCAAAAGGAUAAGAGAAGAAGGGAUUCUGCCGAGAGGAAACAAGGGCGUCUGUCCUCCUUUGUCUUGUUCCCGUCGGUAGGAUCGCAAGGUAGAGAAGUGAGAAUGACUGACCACCGACUGUGACGGAAUGACACCGAUUGACUCUUGGGGGAGUCAGUAUGUACAGUCAGUCAGUUGAUCGUUCAGUCAAUUGAUCAGUCAGUAUAUGCUCCUAGCUGACCCUU